UUCAGCAUGUCUGCUUUUUUCAGAGGUCGUUCGGCAUUUUGCCGUAUUUUACCGUUUUUCGGGCGAUCUAGUGGUGCAGGGAGAUUACAUCUAAAUAAUGUGUCACCAAAGAUCACUUUAAAGUGCCAACCGGCGUUUUCAUUGAAGAGAAACUGUAGUACGAAUAUUGAGAAUGCACGGCCCACCAAUCAACACACGCCACGACCAUCCCUUGCGUCUCUUCCGGGGAAUGUUGAUGAUGCACUUAACAUGAUUGACCGAGAAGUGCGGCGGGUUGGAAGAAUCAGGAAAGAUGUUGUAAUGAAAACAUAUCAGUUGCUACAAAAGUCAGGUCAUGUCACAGAACAUCAGAGUCUGCUUAUCUUGCGGUGCUUUGGCAGUGUCAUGGUGGAUGAACACCCUGAGGUUCGAACCAAACAGGCAGAAGAGGUCUGGUCUGGACUAAAAGAAUUAGGUGUGAAGUAUGGUGUGAAGCACUACAAUGCCUUACUUGGGAUCUAUCUCCAGAAUGAGUACAAGUUCUCGCCCUCCGAGUUCCUGGGGAAAAUGGAGUUGGAGGGUAUUGCACCCAUGAGGCUGACGUAUCAGCGUCUGGUGGCUGGUUAUUGCCAAUCUGGAGAUAUAGCUGGAGCAAGUCGGGUUCUGGAGCACAUGAAAACUUCCAAUCUGCCAAUCAAUGAGACAGUCUUCAAUUCAUUAAUCGUGGGACAUAUGAGAGCUGGUGAUGAAGAGAGUGCCACAGGAAUACUAAAAAUAAUGAGAGAAUCUGGCGUUCCUCCAUCUGGUGAUACCUACACCACUUUGAUGAUAGAAUUCGGAAGAAAAGGAGACAUUGAGAAUAUAGAAAAGAUAUCAGCUGAAGCCAUUGAAUCUCAGGUGGCUAUCUAUCCGAGCAAUCACCUAGAUGUAGUGCAGGUGCUAUGCUCCAGUGGUUACAGCCAACAUUUUGACAAGGUUUUGGAUCUCUGUCCGAAGUCCAACAUGGCCUGGUACAACCAGGAUUGCAUGAAUGCCGUUCUGCAGGCAGUGGCACGAGGUCACGAUGAUGUCGCGCACAAGCUGUUUCUGUCGAUGCAACAUCCCACAUUGAUGGAUGAAGCGGAGAAAACAUUUGGGCGGUUUCUACUCAAGGCAAUGAUCAAACAUGAUCGGCCGUUGGAAAGAGUUGUUAGUGUCUUGAAUGACCUGACAUCAAGAGGGCUCAACACAGAUCGCCUCGACUUCAUUGCUCAGUGGGCGUUGGUCUAUGAGAAACCGGAAUAUGCUCUGGAGAGCUUUGAUAAAAUGGUGAAUGAGGGCCUUCCUCUGCGGACGCAUUACUUUUGGCCAGUGUUCAUAGCCUAUAAAAAUGCAAAGAAUGCUGAAGGCAUUUAUAGAGCAGUCCAGACAAUGGAACAGAAAGUCAGCAAGUCCUUUGAUUUCUUGACCACCUUACACGAGUACGUCGUGCCAUCUUUGUUGGAGAUUGGAGAGGACAUCGAUAGUAUAGUAGAAAAGCUUGGGUCGGCCGGCAUAGCAGCAGGAGAUGUGAAUUUUGCAUCUAUGCUUGGUCUACUGAAAAGUGGGAAGGCUGAAGAAGUUGUUACCUUUGCGAAAGGGAGAGAUGUGCGAUUCUACCAUGCUCUCUUGCGGCCUUAUCUCUUGGAUCAGUUCAAAAACACGAGGGAUUCGGAUGCUGCAGUCCAGCUGCUGGAGUUGGCCCAGGAUGGUGCAUUCAUGAGUCGCGAUUUCCGAGUGACAGAUCUCGCUACAACAUUUCUCUUCAAAGUGAUGGAUAUGUAUUCUGGUGACACUGACCGUCUAGAAGCUGUUAUACAGUCUAUGGUGGACAAGAAAUUGGGAGUUACUGAGAGUGAAAGAUUAACAGAGAGACUGACUGCACUUGGUGUUUCAUUAAAGUUGAUUGAGCAACUGGUAGCAGUGAAAGUGACAGUUCCUGUGAUAGCACGAGCAGAACGAAGACAACCGUUUGAGCAAACUAUGUUGGGAUCAAAAUCAAUGGAAGAACUUGAGGCACUUUUGCAAGAAAGCCGAGCAAGUGAUGCGAAUAUCCGGGGCCCUCUCAGAUGGCUGCUGGAAAAACAUUGCCUUGCUGGGAAUGUUGCCAAAGCCGACGAAAUCAAAACUGAACUUGAUGGACUUGGAUUUAUCUACACGCCCGAUAUUAUCAGAGCGUUGAUGUUUCUGGCCACACGACACAAACAGGACCUGACUGAGGCUCUCAAAUACAAGGAAAUGCUUGAGAAUGACUUUGAUCAUUUCCGAGCAUAUGGGUCGGAGAUCAUCAACUUGGCAGCCCUUUAUGCAAAACAGGGAAAUGUUGAAGCCGCGGUCUCCUCCUUGCGGGAUUACCAUGCCAAAAACCAAUCUUACAUGAAAGAGAAGGACAUGGCAGAGAGCUACGUGCAUGAUGAUCACUGUAUCAGACUGAUUGAGAACUGCCAAGCCGCCGGGCAGAUGGAAGCCCCAGUGGAGCUCAUGAAGACCCUGUUUGAAUGUGGUUACAUUAAGACUGGCUGCUACAGUCUACUUCAGGCUUAUGUCAAAGGAUAUCUAGACAAGGAUGAUAUCGACGGAGCAGUACAAGCAGUGACCUACUGUAACAAGCAGUACAGAAGAACACCCAGGGUUGAAGACAUCUUUAAACGGCUGAUCGAGAAAGAGAGUCCGGAGAAGCUACAGGAAGUAAUGGACAUUGCCAGCUCAAGUCUUGGAGAGAUGCAGGCCUUGCAUCAUUUGUUCUUUAGCUUUGUGGAAUGUGGGAAGGAAUCGCAGGCAAGGAGGAUCUUGGAGACCCCAGGUAUGCGCGCCAUGAUGGACGUAAUAGACAGCUAUGGAAAUCAGCUUAUAAACAGAAAGAAGAUAAAGGAAUUAGAAAGUUUGGUGAAUGUCACAAAGGGACUAUUCAGUCUGGACAGAGAACACCUGCUCUUCUUGCUCAUAAAGGGUUAUUGUGUGGAGAACGACAUGGAUAAAGCAUUGAAUGUCCUCAGUGUGAUGGAAGAGGAAAACCUCAACCCGAGAGGCAGAACGCUGCGCUACCUAGGCAAAACACUGAUGAGCAAAGGAAAGGAGGUGCCAUUUGAAAUACCAGACAUACCGCCCAUGACCUCUCAGUCGAUUCAGGAGAAACCGAGGCAGCGGCCAGAUGUCAACCAACCUAACCUACCAAUAAGAACUAAUCUCACUCCAACGGAAAAAGAAGUUGUACAACAGCUGAGCUCUGGAGGUAUAGGGGCUAUCAGAGAUGUAAAAGCAUUGAAGGAAAGCAUUGGGGGCAGUUUUAGGCUUGAAUUCAUAAAUGAAAUUGCACGUGUUCUCCAUCAAACCAAGAAGAAUAGAGCUUUGCAAUUUCUACUGUAUGAUCUUGCUGAAAUCGGAGAAGUUGAGACGUUAGAACAGUUAGAGAGUUCCAAUUCCAAUAUCUACCGUGGUGUUUCAACUGAGUUGGCACUAAGCAGAGCUUAUCUUGAGGUUGGUGCACCGGAGAAGCUUCUUGAUAAAAUGACUGCCAAUAAAAUGAACCUUGGGAAGUAUAUAGCCCCCCUCGUGUGCAGAAAAUUCUCUGAGAAAUAUCCAACAAUGUUCUCACAAGUUGAAGAGCUGAUCUUGAGUGCUGGAGACGAAGGUAAAUUAGCUGUUGUCAGCAACCUUUGGAGUCAUUACUACGCGACUGAACAGCUUGACAAGGCAACUGAGUUGUUACAGCGAUAUCCCGGUCUGUCAAAUGUGCUCAGAAUAGCUGGUCCAUGUGGGGCCGCCAAGAAUCAAAAUAGGGAGGAUCUUCUCCAGUAUUUUAUAGAUGAAGUCAGCAAGAAUAACCGAUCAAAUAAAGCUUUUGCCUACAGUUAUCUCUUAGGCUUAAAAGGCCAACAAAAUGACUGGCACGGCGCUCUCGGUGUUCUAGAAAAAGUGAAAAACGACGGCUUCACAUUCGAUGACCUUCGUCCUGCACCUCUUGCUGAAUUAGAAUCGUUAUUAGUUGCUAAUGAACAGACUGUUCCAUGGCAGGUUGGUAAAUAUGGCCAAGUGAAAAGACAGCAGUCGUCAGACUCAUCAUCGUCAUCAUCCUCAGAUUCAGAUAGCGACACAUCGGCAGAGCCAUCUGUUGGUUUAUGAUAAAAGUAGCUGAGAGUUUACUGCAAAAAAGAAAUUACUGCUAACUUAUUUUUAUGGUUCGAUAUGUUUGAGCAGCAAAGCCCAGUCACUUCAAAAAAAUUGUGUUAAAGGCCUACAGCGUUUGUUGAAAUUUUUGAAUUUGUUAUCGAAUUUGAAAACACCCAAUUGCGUAAAUACAUACUAUAUGUAGAUAUAAAUUCAGCAUUGCCUUUCUGUAGCUGUAGACAGAUAGACAAAUACUAUAAAUACAAAGUUUCAACAAAUUCAUGUUCAUAAUAAAUGUACUACGGUAUUGUUUAUUAGUGAUUUCUAUUUAACUGGACCACAAGUAAUUACGAACGGUGUACCCCUUUAAAGGGAGACUAAUGGCAGGAGCAGAGGAGUUAAUUUGGCCAUCUUCAAGUGACUAAUAUACACAGUAAAGGCCCUAGGUCAUGUUAGACUCGGCACUAAAUAUAUUCCUCGUACAGGGGUGAAUCAUUUCGACAUACUAUGAGAUGUGAGAGAGACUUUGUGUAACUUUAUCUUGCCUGCCUAGCUGCUGCCUAUAUUGUCCCUUUAAGGGUAGAGAAAAUAACAUAGCUGCCAGCCAUUACUAUUACAAUCGAAAUAUUGCACAUCGCUGCAAAUAUCGUCGAAGGUCAUAGCAAUGAAAAUCGCUCAUAUGCAGGAUGCUUACCCUUUAAAUAAUUUGUACAAUAAUUUCCCCCUUGUUGAAUAAGUAAAGCAGUGCAGUUAACAGGGAGGUUGAGAUCAGCGACUUAUCAUCUUUCCUUAUACGUAUACGGAGAGAAAUGUACACGAAAUUUGUCUCAUUUCUAAAGAGUUUUAUUUGUAUUCGUGCAAGGAUCUUUGAUAAGUCGCUGUUCUCAACUUCCCAAUUCAUGUAGUUUUCAUGUUGAAAAACUGAAGUUAUUCUAAAGGAUUGUAAAACUAAUAGUGUAUUAUUGAGUUUUUAAAUAAGCAUUGAUGUGAAGA